CAAAUUAAAGAGCCCUAGAUUUCAUCCAUGGCGACCUCAUCCUUAGCCAAUCUCUUCUCUCUCUUCAACCCCUCAAAGCCACCACCACCCUCUCGAGCUCUGAAACUCCCGCCGCGUCCCCUCUCCGCCGCGUCUGACACGCGUCCAGGGUGGGAACCGCUGGUGCAUUCCAAUGAGGCGCAGUCGCGGUCUUCGUACUCGGCCGACGUUGCGGCGGUGGUGUGCCCCUCGCUCGCCUACGCGAACACGAUGUUCUUCCGAUCCGCGUACAAUGUGCAGGUGAUCGUGGACGACAACGAACCGGAGGAGAAGCUGCUCGGCCGGUUCAAGAGGGAGGUGAUGCGCGUCGGACUCAUCCAGGAGUGCAAGCGCCGCCGGUUCUUCGAGAACAAGCAGGAGGAGAAGAAGCGGAAGAAGCGAGAGACUGCCAAGCGCAACCGUCGCAGACGACCUCAAGCAGGAUUCGCGACACAAGACAAGCCAGAGGUUUCGAAGAGCAAGAAGGAAGACGAUGAUGAUAACUGGGAUGUUCCUGAAGGAGUCCUUCCCAAGUGACCACGUCGUUUACUUAAAUGCUGCUCUGCUAGCCUUUUUCGCCACUUUCAUAUUGCUUCAGUGAAUUGUGAGUUUUCGAGGUCUCAUGACGUUUCUUUCUAACCCAGUCACAGUUUUCGUGAACCGAUUUUGGUAAUGUGAGAUUUGAUAUGAAUUCGCUGGUUGGAUGAUGUCGGUUCGUAUUCUUUCUACCACUGAUUAUAUCGAGAUGCUUAUUGGAUGAUUAACAAAUGUCUGCAGUAAACUAGUUGUUAAUAUUAUCAUCCUGUGGUUGUUUAUA